AUGGCUCCACUACCUCUCAACCCAAAAGCCCCUGAAUUCUAUCCUAAAACUCGAGUUCAAGAACUCUCACAAGAACCGAAAUUUCUUUCAUGCACCACUUUCAGUAUACUCUGGCAGCCUCAGCAUUUCUCGUGUUACAAUCGCAAAUGUCUCCCUCCGAGACUCUUGAAGCAAAAGGUUUGGAUCCACAAAAACCGAAACUUUUCGCCAAGAAAACCUGUUCCUCCUCCAAAAGAAACUGAGCUCAAAGCUCUUCCUUCUCCGCAAGAAGCUGAGCUUAAAUCUCCGUUUGGUGACAAAACUUCUGUUAUGAUUCGAAACAUUCCAAACAUAUUUGGGCGAAAGGAUCUUCUGAGGAUUCUGGACAAUCAUUGUCGUAGAGUGAACAAUGUUCACCAACAAACUCCUUCUUCCUAUGACUUCCUUUAUUUGCCGAUGGAUUUUGUGAAACACGCGAAUUUAGGUUACGCUUUUGUGAACUUCACGAGCUCAGUCGCAGCUGAGAGAUUCCGGAGAGAAUACGACAAUUUCUUUUGGGUUGGCUUUGGGUACAAGAAGAUUUGCGAAAUCUCUGCAGCUAAGUAUCAGGGGAAAGAAGAGUAUGCACAACAUUUCAAGGACUCAAGGUUUCCUUGCCACACCGACCACUAUCUUCCGGUUGUUCUCUCCCCGCCUAGUGAUGGUUUCACAGGUUACAGUCUCACAACCCUUGGAUACAGAGUCAGCAUACGUGGCCGUGGCACACGUCGUGGCAUCCAGGUCGCUUGA